AUGUCAUCACUGAGUAUCCACAACCAAAGCUACACCGCCAUGGAGACCGCGACGCUGACGGCGCACAACAUCGAGCAGUAUACCACGCUGCUCGUGACCAAGGACGGUAUCACGGACCCGACGAGGUGGCGCGAGGUCCGGCGACGAGAUGGAGUGCGUGUCUACAAGGAGCGGGUAGUGGCCACGAGGCAGGGGCCGACCACACCUCAGCUGCUUUUGCUCGGCACCAUCGAGGGCCAGCUCGAAGACAUCAUGUACGGCGUAGUGGCCCCCACCGACGAGGCCAUGAAGAUCAAGUCCGCGUGCACACAAGACGGUGUCCAAGACAGCAAAGUGCUCUGCGAGAUCCUGCUGCCAACGUUCGAGGACCCGUUCCGCCACAUCGGUGUCAAGUGGAGACUCUUCGACGCCAAGUGCGACCAUGUGUCGCUCGAUGCCACCGGGAUCAUUGAGACGGCCAAGCGCGAGCGUGUCGGCUACAGCAUCUCGCACUCGGUUGCAUUUUCGGAGCUCCCGAGCUUCGAGGCCGCCCAUGGCAUCGAGCGCCUCAAUAUGUCCGUUUGCUUGCUCUACCGACAGAAGACGCCAACCACCAUUGAGUGCUAUGUGCGCGGCUUCUUUGAAUUUCGUACGCAGAACGAAAUGCUGGGCAACUUGACACUGCAGGCGAUUGCCUCGCAGUGGGCCGCCUUCUCGCGUAAAAGCGAGUGUGCGCUCGUGAAAAAGCUCGCGUGGAAAAUGCGCAAGAGCUACGGGUGGAGUCCCGCCUCGUCGAGAACGUACUCUUUCGCUGACGACCUGAGUGACUUCCGGGCCCCUUUCCACGAGAUCGUCUCAUUUAGCUGCAAGGGUCCUUAUCGCGGCUCGAUGCAGUGUAUGCCGGAAGAGAUCAGCGACUUGCAAGGGUUGUAA